AAGGUCUAGGUGCAGGCUCAACACGGCUAAACUGUUUGCCAUGGCGGAGAUCGUGGAAUACACCGCUGAGCGCUACUUUGGCACUGCGGGGCGACCCCGCGUGGUGCAAGACACGCUGGGGGAGUCCCCUUGCUGGGAUCCCCGCAGCGACACGCUCUACUGGGUGGACAUCUCCGGAAUGGCCAUUUGCAGCUACACUGAUCAGUCGAAGAAGGUGAGCCGCUGGCAGAUUGGUGAAACACUGGGUUUCGUGGCCACCACAGAUGACCUGGACGUGCUGCUGUUCGGUGGCGUUGGGGGUCUCUCUUUGUUCCGCAAGACGGAUGGGCACAUCACGCGGCUCUACCAUCCAGAGCAGAAGGCAUACCCGCAGAACCGCUUCAACGAUGGGAAGGUUGACCCCGCGGGUCGGCUUUUUGCCGGCACGAUGGACAUGAAUAAGCCCCGCAAGGAGGGGGUUGGCGCCGUUUACUGCAUGCAGCGCAACAUGCUCAAGAGAGUAGAGGCUGUUGGGGCAGUGACAGUGGCCAAUGGCCUAGGGUGGAGCCCCGAUCACCUCACGUUCUACCACACGGACAGCCCGACACUCACAAUUCGUGCCUUUGACUUCGAUGUUUGCACCGGCGCCGUCAGUGGCCCGGCCAGGACGGUGUUCAGGACCACUGAAGGUGCGCCUGAUGGCCUGUGUGUGGACAGUGAAGGCUUUCUGUGGGUAGCCAACAUCCGUGCGUCUCAGGUGCUGCGAGUGAACCCAACUACAGGAGGGGUCGUGGCUCGUGUCCUGCUUCCAGUCCCGGUGGUCACCAGUGUUUGCUUCGGUGGACCCUACUUCCGCACCCUCUUCAUCACCACUGCCAUGGGCACCAGCGACGCAGACGUGGCCGCAUGCACGGAUGUCAACGCCGGGCAAGUCUUCGCGGUGGAGGUGGACGUGCCGGGGAUGCCCAUGAGCCCUUUGAAACUCGAUGGCCGCUCCACCUUGUAAGUAAAGGUUCAUGAUUCAUUAUUAACAAUAUUUAGCGCCAAACUAGAAAUGCAGAG